CUCGUCUUGCUUUGGGGAGUAUGAGACAGCUCAGCGGGCGUACGAGCACAUUUGUUGAUGGUUAUUACUGGAUGUUGUUCAUCGGUGAUGAAAGUGGGUUGAAAACCUGCCCUCUCUCCCUCUCUUUCUCACACACACACACGCACACUCUCUCCCUCCCUCCGUCCACAUGCUCGUGCUCCUGCCCUGACCAGGCCUCAGCAGCUCAAGGUGAUGGCAUGGAUUUGGACCUGCUUAUUUCUACUUGUUGCCCAUGUCCAUCAGCAAGCUCUUGGAGUGACUGUGAAUUGCCUGUGGGAAAGAUAUUUCCUUGUUGGUGGUAACGUUUCGGGGGCGUGUCACGUGAGCCUGGCCCAACGGGGUUGUGGGAGCCAAUCCCUGCGUCUCACCGUUGCCGGGGAGACGGUCCUUGUGCAUCGCUAUGUCAACGACUCUGCCCACUUCACUGUCCCUGCGCCUGCCGACGGCACUCUCCACCUGCGCUGCGAGCUCACCUGCGUCGGCUUGGGGCCACUCCCCUACUGUGACAUCACACUUCGGGGAGGCUAUCCUCCUUCCCCUCCGUCCCGCCCCAAGUGCCUCAUCCCCUAUGACAGCACUGAUAUUCACUGCACCUGGGACCCUGGGGAGCGGCCGCUGCUGCCCGUCAACUACACUCUGCACUGGGAGCAGCACAGUAGCGGUGAGCGGGAAGUUGAGGCAGGUGUUACAAGUGCAGUCAUCCCUCGUGUCAAGUUCAGUCACGGCACCAUGUCCGUGUGGGUUGUUGCCAGCAACCCCUUGGGUGUGGCCCAGUCUGAAAGGCUUGACAUCGACACCCUCGAUAUCGAGCAGCCACUUGUUCCAAAGAUCACCAACCAUUCCGUUCAGCCUCUCGAGAUCUUCUGGGAUUUGGAGUGCGACCCGUCCCUCCACAUGACCGAGGACUCGGACAGGAGCUGUGAAGUUCAGUACCGGAUGCGGGAUGAGCAGGCCUGGACGGAGGGAGACGAUGAUGCCCAGGACAGCUUCCUGCUCCUGGACCCAGAGCCGUUCUCAGAGUACGAUUUCCGCGUGCGCUGUGCUUGUUUUGGCAAGGAGGCUGUCAAAAGCACCUGGAGCCACAUCUACCCAGUGCAGAGCUCUGAGUCAGCUCCUGCUGGAAAACUGGAUGUAUGGGCUGACUGUGAGGACGAUUCUGAUGAACAGCUGGAAUGUUCCGUCGUUUGGAAGAAGCCUCCCCUCUCUGUGGCCCAGGGAAGGGUGCUGGGUUACCUGGUGACAGUGGAACGUAACCCUGGGAACGUGGCUGUGAUGAACCUGUCAGCAGAGGAGCUGGGGGCCACGGAGCGUAUGGGCGGGUGUUGGGGUGCCCAGUGCUUUCGCCUUCCCAUCUCCCUCCGGGGGGUAACGGGGGUGUGCUUAACGGCCUACACCUCACAGGGGGCGACAGACCCCGCCCCUUUGGCCCUCCCUGCGCCAGAAGGCCCGCAGUUGCUGGUGUCAGGUGGUUUUGCGGUGGCCAAGGAGGGGCGGAGCUUCAAUGUGUCAUGGGCCCCACCCUCGCACCUUACUGGGGAUGUGCAGUACGUGGUGCAGCUUAAGGAGGUGGAAACGCAGGCGUUUAAUUGGAUAAAAUUGAACGGGAAUCAGAGAAGUGUCAUCGUGACAGGUGACUUCAGGAACUACACCCCAUACAAUAUUUCAUUGUUCAGUGUCAUUGCCAACCGCUGUUGUCUGCUUGGAUCUGUCAUCACAUACACUGUGCAAGGAGUUCCCCCAAAAGUGACUGGAUUUCACGUUUCCCAAAUCAGCAUUUCUGAAGUCACCUUGUCCUGGGAACUCCCCCUGAGUCAAUGGAGGAGUGUCAUCCUGUGUUACCGUUUGGGACAGGGUAACCACACAGAGUACAAUGUGAGUGGAGACAGCAGCAGCCUCCUGAUUUCGGGCCUGCAGCCAGGACAGGAGUACCACGUUUGGAUCUGCGCUGAGAGCGAAGCAGGACAAGGGCCAAAAGAAUACCUCCGCUUCAUGACCACUGGCACCAGUGAGUACGUCUACUCGGUAUUGUCCAUCCCGAUAGUGGUGGCUUUGGGGCUGAUCCUCCUGCUCUUCAGCUGCCGACAGCAUGGCAUACACAGCUUAAAGCAGCUGAGGUGCUGUGUCAAAGUGCCUGACCCGGCCAACAGUCAGCUGUUCCGACGGCCACUGUGCAGCUGCAGCAGUUGGACUGGGUUUUUCUCCGUAGCAGAGUCCAUUCAGACGUUGCCUUACCUGGAGGUCAGUGAAUGGGAGGACCUGGAGGACAGUGGGUGCCAGGAGAGGAUGUCUCUGUGCGACAGACAGAGGUACGGACAGGUCGAGGAGGGGCUGAAACGGAUGGAGCAAGAGAGCGCUGAAGACGAGGCAGAGGAGGAGUGGACAGAGACUUUGGGAAAGGGGGGACUGGAGCUUAGCAGCAGAGGAGAGGACUACAGCAAGAUGAUUGAAACCCAGGGAGAUGAGGAGUGUGUGUUCUUGAGUCCCACAGAGACGCAGGAUUUUUUCUCGGGGUACGAGAAGCACUUCAUGCCCAACCCUCUGGAGGUGUAGCCCGGCGUCCACAGGGUAACACAGGGGUGUAAAUCGGAGGCAAGUCGCCUCAUCCAAAGACUCCAAAAAACAAUCACGGUUUUGGAGGUGCACCAAUGACUUUCAUCCACAUGAUUGUUGAAAAGGGUGACCACAGGAAACUGGAGAGGGGACUGCAGAGCUUUGAAUGAAGCCUGUUAUGUUCCAAAGCAAAAUGAAACAUCUUUUUUACGGAGCAAGGAGCACCUGAGACAAAAGAUGUGCUGUACUACGGAUGAAUUUAUAAUGGCCAAAAUGGCCAGCAGGGGUUGCAAGUGAGAUGAUGUGCUGCCAACAGAGCCGAUUGCACAUUGUCACAGUUGGCACUGGUGGAUUCAGCACCGGACCAUGAGCCCAUCUGUACACUGCAACAGUGCCUUAACAGGAUGAGCUACCUGGCAGCCUGGUGGGUGCACUUUUAGGAUUCUCUUUGUGCAUCUCCAUAAGAUUUUGAUGUUCUCUUUAAUUUAUCCAAGCUUAUGCAAAUCAAGCCUACAGAUAGAGUGGGGCUUCAACAAAGAGGGGAGGAAAAGUAUUUUUUAAAAAAACAAAAUAUGUUAGCCUUACAGUCUGUAGUUUAAGAAAAUGAAUUGGGAGUUCAUAGCGCACAGUAGUUCAUAAUGAAGAUGAGGAACUCUCUUUUGAAUUAUAAAAGCACUUUUGUCAGCUUA